CAUCUACUGAAUACUUUUUUUUUCAGUCUUCGAUUUGUUGCGUGGUUUGAUAGACCGAACUUUUGAGAAUGUAAAGUGUUUACGGUGCAAAAAAGUAAUAACUUUUUUUUAUAUAUUUUUACUCUUAAUUUAUGUAGAAUUAACAUCAAUUAAUCUGUUAUAAAGUGAAUAGAAGAUAGUUGCAGUUCCAACAUAAAGCAACAAAGUCAAGAAGAAAAGUUUUGUGCAAAUUAAUUUUGCGACACGUAGUGAAAAAAUAAAUAAGAAUAUAAACACAACUUAAUACUCGUAAUAGUAAAGUUAAAUAGAACAUAAUGAAAGUUAUAUUAGGCUUAACAUUGCUACUACUAACAUCGUUUAGAACCUUGGAUGCUCAAGAUGAUUCAUUGGCAGGGAGCUUUCUCUCAGGAUUACUAGACACAAUUACAAGUACAGAAAAUUCAAAAGACUGUCCAGGGGUAUGCGUGCAUGCACUUGCAACAUUAAUAUGUUAUGAGGUUCUUGAAGAUAUUAAAUGUCCAUCAUCGAGUAUGAAGUGUUGUGUAGAAAGUUCGAGCGCACUAAACAACACAACGCCUCGACCUGCAACUCGAUAUUCAACCACAACACACCGUACGACGACUGAGUAUGUGAGGCACACGACGAGUAAGAAAGACAGUGAUAAAAAGGACAAUGAGUGUCCAGGUGUAUGUGUUGCUGAUCGUAUUGCUGAUUAUUGUGAAGCUUAUUUAAGAACGCCAAACUUAUGUAAAGGCGGAACGAAAUGUUGCGUUGCCAAAGAUCAAUAUAUGGAUGAUCCUGACCUAAGAAUUCUCAUUAAUACACAAAAUUCAAGUAAAGCGCCAAGCAAGCCACAAAAAACACCGGAGAAAAUUCAUUCAGAGCCAUUAAAGUCAAAAACGAGUCCACCAAAGUAUUCGAAAACAACAAAAAAACCAUAUCAACAGCCAUCAAAGCAUGCACCUAACAGUCAAGGUCAAGUUCUUAAAGAAUGUGAAGGCGAGUGUGUCAGUGGGCUAUUUGCAUUGUUUUGUGACGACAUAGAUUCAGAAGCUUUCUGUCCGAAUGAAGGAAGCUGUUGUAUGCCUGCAGGAAGUAAUGAUAAGGAAGUCUCGACCACACCACGUCCAACAACUCCUCCACCAUUGCCUAGAUGUCCAGGAUUUUGUUUGCUUAACAUUAUGGCUGCUUUCUGCGAAAAACCAGCAGUCUUAAUAUCGCGAACAUCAAGCUGUAAAAGCGGUUCAGUUUGCUGUGAUAAUACAAAAGUAGCACCAAAAACAAGACCUCCAACAAGACGACCACAACCAACAACUACUCCAUAUUAUCCUCCUGCACCAACUCAAGCUCCAGAUCCUCGUGAAGAAUGUCCAGGGUCAUGUAUUGUCAGCUUAUUAAGCUUUACUUGCUUCAGAAAUGCCGAAAUGACAGACUUGUUUAAAUGUAAAAAAUCUGGGACUCAGUGCUGUGCACCGAAAUCGAAAAUUCAAGAGCAGAUGGAUAAGAAUAAUCGAAAUUACACAUAUCCAUAUAAUCCAAAUAUCGGACCAAUUAAUCCAAAUUAUCCACCACCACCUCAGUAUUAUAAUAAUUAUCCACCACCACAACCUCAACAUCAACAGCCUCAACAUCAACAGCCUCAACAUCAACCUCCUCCUCCUCAAAAUUAUCCACCACCUCACGUGUAUGAACCAACAAUAUCUCCAAUAUUACAACAACAGCCUUCAUCGAUUGCUUACGAGCCACAAACUACACCCAAACCACCACAAGUUUAUUCAAAAUAUGUUUGUGGCGUGAAAGGAACCAGUCGCGUGGCAAAAUCUUAUUUAAAUGCAACGGAACUAAGUGAUUAUUCCACGGCAUUGUCAAGGAGGAAAAGAAGCGAUGACCUUGAAAGAGAAAUUUCAAAUAUUUACAAAUCAAAAUCAUCUGAGAGACUUAUUUUGGGAAGUAAUCCAGUGCCAAUACCGAUUGUGUAUCAAGACAAUCAUUCAUUCAACUUUGAUUUGCCAUACAAUACAAGAGAUUAUGUCAACACAUCAGUGGCAAAUUACAGACAGGGUCGUGUAGUUGGUGGUGAAGAUGGAGAAAAUGGAGAAUGGUGUUGGCAAGCAGCUCUGAUCAAUUCACUUAAUCAAUACCUUUGUGGAGGAGCUCUAAUUGGCACACAAUGGGUUUUGACUGGCGCACAUUGUGUCACAAAUAUUGUCAGACAAGGCGACGCCAUAUAUGUUCGUGUUGGAGAUUAUGAUUUAACAAGAAAGCAUGGAAGCCCUGGUGCACAAACACUUCGUGUUGCUACAACUUAUAUCCAUCACAAUCACAAUUCACAGACACUCGACAAUGAUAUUGCACUUCUGAAACUUAGUGGACAAGCAGAACUUCGUGAAGGUGUUUGUCUUGUUUGUCUACCAGCGAGAGGUGUGAAUCAUGCGGCAGGCAAACGUUGUACAGUAACUGGAUAUGGUUACAUGGGAGAAUCAGGACCUAUUCCAUUAAGAGUUCGUGAAGCAGAAAUUCCAAUUGUCAGUGAUACUGAAUGCAUACGAAAAAUUAAUGCUGUGACUGAAAAGAUCUUCAUCCUACCAGCAUCAAGCUUUUGUGCUGGUGGAGAGGAGAAUAAUGACGCAUGUCAAGGUGAUGGUGGUGGUCCACUGGUGUGUCAAGACGAUGGAUUUUUCGAGCUAGCUGGGUUAGUGUCUUGGGGAUUUGGAUGUGGACGGCAAGAUGUUCCUGGUGUAUAUGUCAAAGUGUCAUCAUUUAUUGGAUGGAUUAAUCAAAUUAUAAGUGUGAAUAAUUUAUAAUAUUUAUAAAAUUAAAUUAUUUAUUGUUUAGGCUCAACUAGGAAUGUUACUAAUAUUAUUAUAUAAUAUGGAGAUGAUAGUUUUAUGAAUCUAUAAGAAAUUUCAUUAGAAAGUUAAGUUAUUGAAUGUAAAAUUUUUGGUGUAAGAGAUAGGAAUUUGAAAAAAGACUGUAGAUUUCAUUUUCAUUCACUGGAGACGAUAUUUUUAUUGCGCUGUGGGUAUGGUCAUGCACUUAGAAUAAGGAUUUGCAAUUUUUAAGCAAAACAUUUUUUGCAUCUUUUUUACUGAACACACUUUUGAAGCGAAAUUGUUUUGCAUCCUUUUUACUGAACACACUCUUGAAAUUAACUUGUUUUGCAUCUCUUUUUACUGAAUGCAUUUUGAUGCAGAAAAUGUUCACUUCAAUCCAGCCAAUUUUUGAUGUAGAAAGUAGUAACCAUACCCAUAGCUCAAUAAACCUAUAAAUCGUGAGAAUCUCUACGAAACCUUAUCUGUUAAAAAUGACUUUUUGAAAAGAAAAUAAAGAAAUAAAAAACCUUUUUAUAAUAUUAA